UGCGUUUUAAUAUAAUACGACAAUAAUUUUGGUAAAAUAAAUCUAUAUACAUUGUUAUUUCUUGUAAUCUAUAAAAUUUGUGCUGUGGUGUAUACGUAAAGACGGAUGAUAGUUUAUUAUUAAUAUAAGGCUGCACGAUGAUUGCAUUAACGGACGACGUAUAUAAAUUAUUUGAUGGCGUCACAGAGGAAGUAUCCCGAAACGUCCGUCACCUAAUGCAGGAGCUAUGGCUGAACUGGUCCCACGUCGGCGUAGAAUACGACGUGAAGGUCAACAACAUAUACAAACUGGUGCAGAUUGAGAAAGAUCUCCACAGUGAUGUGUUGGAUGAGACUAAACAGAAACUUAAGACCAUGCAACAGCAAGUUGAAGAAUUAAAAGAAGAGACCAAGAAGUUGAGUCAAUACCUGUCUGUAGACAUCAGUAUUAUAGAGCACAAAGAGGACAUGAUGCUGUUUGAGUAUAAGAAAGAGCUAGAAGAUCAGAUAAUGGGGUAUAGAGAACAAAUGGAGCAGAGGCGUACUGAAAUCAACCGCCUACUAGAAUGGCAGCAUGAUUUAACUGAAAAACUCGGAGUCACCUUCCAUGAGCUGCAAGACAUUCCGCUCCCACCUCAAGAUGAGUUGGACAAGUUGAGGAACCAUCUUGAAGUGCUGCAGUCAGAGAGAGACAAGCGAUCUGAGAUAUUCCUGAACACACAGAUUGAAAUUAAGAACAUCAUGGAGAAACUCCAAAUCAGACCACAGAGCAAGUUCGAGCAUGUGGUGGUCAGCUCCCUGUCUGUGGACUUCAAGGUGACAGAUCUGAACAUGGACCGUCUGGCCAAGCUGCUGCAAGACUUGCAGGAGAAGUAUGACCAGACCAAUAACCGGGUAUUAGAACUGCGCGAGCGUCUGGCCAGACUGUGGGAGUGUUUGGAUGAAGACCAUAUGUACAGAGACAACUUCCUCAAGGCGCACACUGGCUGCUAUCCAGCCACUGAAGCUGCCAUCAAGGAGGAAAUCCAGCGCUGUGAGCAGAUUAAGAGGCAGAAGAUACAGGUCUUCGUAGCGAACAUGCGCACAAAGAUCAAGCUCAUGUGGGACAAAAUAAUGUACUCAAGCGAGCAGCGAAAAGAGUUCGUCCACUAUUACCAGGACAUCUUUACUGAAGACACCCUCACACUACAUGAAAUGUAUCUGGAUAAGAUUACUAACUACUACAAUGAGCACAAGCACAUUUUCGAGUUGGUGGUGACGCGCAGGAACCUGUGGCUGAAGCAGGCCGAGCUGGACGCGCGCGCCUCCGAGCCGGGCCGCUACCACAACCGCGGCGGGAACCUGCUCCGGGAGGAGAAGGAGAGGAAAGCUAUUGAAAUGAAUCUCCCGAAAAUUGAGGCCCAAAUUCGCGAAGUAGUAACAGAGUACGAGGCGAAAUCCGGCAAUACCUUCACCGUGGACGGAGUACCUCUACUGCAGCUUAUCGAGGACGAAAAGGAGUCGAGGAAAGCUGAGCGGCACAACAAGCUGUCGGCCCGCAAGCAGGCGCUGACGCCCACCACGCCGCUGCUGCGCUCGCUGGCCACGUCGCCGCUCGGCAAGCGCAACCGCACCGCCGCGCUCACCGCCGACAGGCACAGGCCGCCGUCCAAGCGCCAGCUGCUCACCGGCAGCGCCACCAAGGCCGUGUCGGCGCUCACUAAUAAUGUGUCUGCGUUGAAAAGAUCCGCUAUUUCUACUGUUAAGAGGCGAGUCAGCGGCCGACUAGCCACGAAGGCCAUCGUGGCGAAGGCGGAGAGCCACGGUGCCACCGUCAAGAGGAAGCUGGAAUACGGAGCCGAUGCCCCGAAGACGCCCAAAGUGAAUGGCAGUAUUCUUAAACAUAAGCGCUCGUGUAAGGAUCUGACGAGGUUUGCCUCACCGCAGUCCGUCGGCAAGCGGCGCAGCGGCGGGCGCAGCGCGGCGUCGUCGGCCCCAGCGAAUAAGAACCCGCUGAUGGAGACCACACAGCUCACCACAUACACUGAUUUCAAGGAGGGCAUUCAUGAGAAGAAAAUAAGCCGCAGCUCCAUGGUACCGAAGCCCCCAGACUGCGUUAUCCCCAUGAUUGUGGGCGACGCCUUCGAGGAGCACUCCCCCAACUAUCAAAAAAAAAGUCCAACUAAAUCGGCGCUCAUGACGGAAAAAGAAAAUAGACACGCUGUACCAUUAACACCUAAGACUAAACUUAUGUACACUCCUACGAGACUUACGAGAUCAGCGUUAAAAUUAACCAACGAUGGCUUCGCUACUCCCCGCGCGCCGCUCAGCGCCGCCAAGCAGAACAUGCACAGGACGAACUCUUACAACAACACCCCGACCAAUAUGUUACGAUCCAAAACGCAGACAGGUCUAGUCAGAACUGCGAAGCCUUUUAUUUAAAUACUACCGUAAUAAUGGUAUAUUACCGAUAUACCUAAAGAUUAAACACGUACAAAGUAACUGUGUAUCUAUUGAAUAAGAUGGUACUUGUCUUCAUAUGGAAUUUUGCAUGGAAUAACUAUGGAAAUGGCGUCUGCACGUCAUUAUUAUUGUAAUGGGUUAUCUAUAUGUAAGGCUAUUAUAAUAAUAUAAGCCUUACAUAGAGAUAAAAUAUUGUGAUUUUUUUUACUCUUACCUUCUGACUACUGUUUGAUGUAAAUAUUUGAAUCUCUUAUUAAUUUUAAAAUAAUUUAAUAUUAAUAUAAUUUUGCGCGUUUAA